AUGUCGAAACCACCUCAUCACCAACGAAUACCACGCCCAGAAGGAAAUAUAGGGAUAGGAAUCCAGGAAACACGAGUUGGGUCCACAAACCCUGCAAACUCAGUUGCCACCACUGUUUCAACUACAAGUACUGUCUCAUCAACAAAUACUAAUAGUAAAAUGGAAUAUAUUGGAGUUUAUAAAAUAGGGCCUGAGAUUGGAAAAGGGUCAUUUGCCACAGUUUAUAAAUGUAUCAAUACUACCAAUAAUAAAGCCGUGGCUAUAAAAUCCGUGUAUCGAUCUAAAUUAAAAUCCAAGAAACUUAUUGAGAACUUGGAAAUUGAAAUUCUGAUUUUGAAAAAUAUGAAACAUCCUCAUAUUGUUGGAUUAUUGGAUUAUAAACAAACUUCGAGUUAUUUCCAUUUGGUUAUGGAUUAUUGUUCUAUGGGUGAUUUGUCUUACUUUAUAAGACGAAGAAAUCAAUUGGUGAAAACUCAUCCAGUUAUUUCCAGUUUGUUACAACGAUACCCUUCACCAGAAGGAUCACAUGGAUUGAAUGAGGUUUUGGUACUUCAUUUUUUGAAACAGUUAUCGUCUGCAUUGAGUUUUUUAAGAAGUAAAAGUUUGGUUCAUCGUGAUAUCAAACCACAAAACUUGUUGUUGUGUCCACCAGUACAUUCAAAACAAGAAUUUAUUGAUAGAGAAUUUGUGGGAUUAUGGGAAUUGCCCAUUUUGAAGAUUGCAGAUUUUGGAUUUGCUAGAUUCUUGCCAUCGACUUCUAUGGCAGAAACAUUAUGUGGAUCACCACUUUAUAUGGCACCAGAAAUUUUAAGAUAUGAAAAGUAUAAUGCGAAAGCUGAUUUAUGGUCUGUUGGCGCUGUUUUGUAUGAAAUGACGGUGGGUAAACCACCAUUUAAAGCUGGAAAUCAUAUCGAAUUAUUGAAGAAUAUUGAAAAGGCAAAUGAUAGGAUUAAAUUCCCUAGUGCUGCACAAGUUCCAGAAUCGUUAAAGUCGUUGAUCAAAUCAUUAUUGAAAUACAACCCAACUGAGAGAAUAUCGUUCAAUGAAUUUUUCAGUCAUCCUUUAAUAACUGGUGAUUUAGAAGAGACUGACGAACCGUUAGAGACUUCGGAAAUGGAUGAAAAUCUAUUUAUUAGCGAGUAUAUCAGUCCAAUUAAGCCAUCAGAAAGAUCACAAUUUAUUAAUCCAAUACCAUUAACACCAAUUGUGAAUCAAGAGGAACAAAAUAAAGAAGAAGAGGAGGAAAGGACACAAAACAUUGAAGUAGAGGAAACGAUUAAAAGACCUGUCAUGAGUCCAUCUCCAAAAACAGAUAUUCCUUCCUCAUCUACAAGAGAGGAUAGAUUAACUAAUGACAAUUCUAAAGAAACCCAGAAGGAUGAUUUAGUAUUAGAUAAAGAUUAUGUUGUUGUUGAAAGAAAGGAAAUCAUUGAUGAUAUUUUUGACAAGCUACCAACUACAACGUCUGCUAAUACCACACCAAAUGCAAUAUCAUCCGGUGCACCAAGACAAAGAAGGACAUCAUCAACAGGAAGUAACAGAAGACCAAGUUUCACAGAGAGGAAAAUAUCAAUCUCGCCUACAAAUGCAUUAAGUAAAGCCUUAUUCUUGGCAAGUCAUAAAUUAUUUGGGACUAAUGCUACAAAUCAACAACAGUCGACAAAUUCUUCGACUCCAGUGUCUGCAAUUGCUGAAAAUGUCAUUGAUGAUGAUUUAAUAUAUGGUAGUGGUUCAGGGCCUUCUAUUGCAGUAACAGCGAUUGUUAGCACCCCAGAAAAUGACGAUAUGGUUUUACUGAGACUUGAAAUGCUUGCAAAUAUGGCUCAUUCUGUCAAGACAUUGGCAGAUGUAAAGUACAAACAGGUUAUUCCUUCUCCACCUUCUUCAGACACUAUUGAAGAUGAAGAAGAAAUUGGUUUACCCGAUGAGAUCGUAAAGAAAAUUGCUGAGGAUGGUAUGAAGUUAUAUGACAAGGCAUUAUCGUUACUUGCAAAGGGAAUGAAUAUCUCGGGAAAAUGUGAUUCACAAUUAUAUGAUGUAUGUUUACAACGUUUCCAAAUACUUAGUGAAAUGGCUCCACCAGUAGUUACUGAAUCUUCCGCUAGUGCAGAUGUAUUGCUUUACCAGCGGGCUAUCCAGAUUGCUAGAGAGUCUGCCAUUUCAGAAAUUAAUCGAAAAGAUGUUAAAAAUUGUUUGAUUUCUUAUAGCACAGCUUAUUAUAUGUUGUUAUCGGUACUUGAAUCUGAAGAUUUGUCCGAGUCAGAGGUUAGUGAGAUUAAAAAGAUUGUAGAUAAGAUUUUAAAUAGGAUACAUAUGUUAAAUAAAUGA